AUGGCUUAUCCUCCAGUUUCCGCCCAUGCCAUGCAGCAACACAAGAUGAACACCUAUGCUGUAAAUGGACUUGGUUUAUCAUCACAUCAUAAUGUAGAGUUAUUACAUCCUGCUAUGGGAUCAAUGGGAACCAUGAGCUCUAUGGGAUACCAAGGUAUGACAAAUAACCCAAGAAAACAACGAAGAGAAAGAACCACAUUCACCAGAGCUCAACUUGAUGUAUUAGAAUCAUUAUUCCAGAAAACACGAUAUCCUGAUAUUUUCAUGAGAGAAGAAGUUGCAUUAAAAAUCAACCUUCCAGAAUCAAGAGUACAGGUUUGGUUUAAGAAUCGAAGAGCUAAAUGCCGACAACAACAAAAAGCAGUUGAACAGAAAAAUAAGCAGCAACCCAGCUCACAGAACAGCAGUCCUAAUCCACCAACACCAACCUCCCCAAAGAAAGUCAAAGUCAGUCCUCCACCCAGCCCACCUUCACCAGUCAGCUACAAACCCCCAGUAGUCAGUACAACGCCACCUAACGGUAUGAACACAUCCUCCAUCUGGAACCCAGCCUCCAUUCCAGGAAUGAACGACUUGAUGAACUCCAAUAGCUGUAUGCAGAGAUCUGGCUACUCUUUAACAAACGGACAGAGUCACAACUACAACCAAGGUUACAACCAUUCCUCAUACUACAGUAACAUGGAUUACUUUGCACCCAUGCAGAUCCCCGUCAUGAACCACAAUCAAAUGUCCAAUGGUAUGACCGCCAAUACCAAUACAGCCAAUCAGUACGGUUCUUACAGUUCCAUCUCCUCCAAUCAAAGUCUACAACGUAACGACUGUCUGGACUACAAAGAAUCAUCAUGGCCAAAAUUUCAAGUUCUCUGAAAAACUUAAUAUGAUAAGCACACGAUGGUAUUAAUAAACAUUUUAAUGGAUC